CACAGAGGAGCGAGUGAAUAAGUAUGUACAUGAGCAGCAAAGUGGCAAAAAUUUCUUCGUACUCAGUUCGAGUGAGAGUGUAGUUGUCCGCCGAGUUGAACACCAAGGUGAAGGUACUGCAGAGAGGCGCCUCCAGUUCUAGCGCACAGUAGAGAGCUUCCAGUCGACAAAACGCGCAACAACCAAACCGAAAAUUGUCCUAUGAAAAAUGUACUCGGAUUAAAAUUUGUACCUCGGCAUCUUUGCUUUCCCAUUUCUUAUGGGGUACUUUUUACUUUUAGGGUUUUAUUUUAUCAUUUACAUUAUUUGAUUAACGUUAAGGAUACAAUUCUAGUUUUUUUCUUCCUUUGUUUGUUCUUGGUCGCGCUGUUGCUAGAGCAGCCACGGCCUCCGCAGGAGUUACUGCUACUGCUACUUCCUAGACACACACAACAUGUAAGGUAGAUCUUGCUAGACCCAACUAUUAUUUUCAAGAUGAUGCGUUGGCACGGCAAGGACGCGGUGUGUUGCCCGGUCUGUGGCACCAUGCACGGCCAUAUCAAAUGCAAAAGUGUCUGGGUCUGGAAGAGUGUAAACUUGUCAUGCGGGUUUUCCAUGACUCGUGAGGUCUGGAAUGCGGGACCUAGCAUGACAGAGUCUGUGAGGUCUCUGCCAUGCCUAUCCUGCAUGAGAAACUCCCUCCAAACUACUUCGUCGAGAGUGGACACCCUUUGGCACUCAUGCAACACAGAUUUCUGCAUGAUUCAGAUUUACCAUGACAAGUUGCAAUCUUCCAGAUCCAGACAUUUUUACAAUCCAUAGGCCAGGCCCAGAUCAAGCACCACCUCCGCUACUGCGCGCGGAAGUUCCUCGGGCAACUGACGACCUGCGGCUGUUGCGGUCGCCCGGUAACGAAGGAGGAUUUGCUAUCGAAAGGAAAAAUCCCCCCUCCCCAUAUCAAAACGAAAUUUCUGAUGCUGGAUUUGUGUACACAAAUCCGAGCUGUCUUGCUGGAGAGCACUGAAGGCCCAUAUCAAGUGUGAGUAGCGAGGUUUUGGCUUAGGCACUUAGCAUGAAAAACAUCCGCGCUGUAGGCCCAACAGCAUGACAAACCGCCUGCGCAAUGCGGCGGAGCCUGCGGAAUUGCCUCCUUGCAAGACAGACACGAUCUGUGACCACAAAUCAGCAUCACAAAUUUCCAAAAAUGUACCUUUUCAAUAUGGGGAGGGGGGAUUUUUCCUUACGAUAUUUGCCCGAGCACCAGAAACGCUGCGUCAAGCAGAUGCAGCGGGAAAAAAUGAAACUCUCCGCGACCAUGCCAACUACCAAUAACCAUGGAUCUUUAGCUGGAACAAGCGGUACUUCGGCUUCCGCAAAUAAAAUACAAGCCGCAAAACAAGCGAUGGCGGAAACUUCUACGCAAAUAAACGUAAACCACGGUGGAGGAGGUGACCACGCCGACCACGCCGCAAUUAUAAAGGAGCAGCAGAAGGAGAAAACUAAGUUGCAAAUGAACGACCUCAGGUCCGCGCUACAAGCGUUAGAGCGGGGCGAACUCGGGUUACCGGACAAGCAGGGCCGGUUUGCCUGCGGUGUUUGCGGCGAGAAGUUUCGCUUGCAGUCGAUUUUGCCGCACACGAAAGCGUGCCGGGAGCAGUUGGAAAGGCAGCAGGCGGAAGGCAGUUCGACGUCUUGCUCAUCUUCGAUAACUGGUACAACGGCUUCGGAGGGCGGUGCUGGAGAGUCGUCCAGCAGUGAAGCUACAGUAGCAGGAACUUCUGCCUGUAGUUCUUCGUCAUCCUCAUCCUCCGGUCCGAGGAACGCUGCGAGUACAGGCAGUACUACAAAUACUCUCAGCCGCCGUCAGAAGUUCCAGAAACUGUUUGACCAGCUGCGUUCCGAGAUUUGCACCAACAAAUCUCUCUCCCCGCCAGAAUCCGAGAAGGCGUGGUCGCUGUGUGUCGAACGUUUGAAAGCCGUGGUGUCGAACGCCACACUGCCAAGGGGGGAGGAGUAUGAAUUGCAAAAGUAUCGUAGUUGUAGUGAAAAUUGCAUUACAAAUUUAAAUAGCUCAGCAUGAGAAAUUUCGUUUGUCAUGCUAAUUUCCCUCGGGAACGGGAAGGAGAUUUGCCUUUGCCAUGCAUUAAUGCGAUAACUUGUAUGAAUGCGACCAUUUUGCAGUGCAUAAGGAGAAAAAGUACCGUCGGCUGAAGCGGAAGAACGAGGCGUUUCAUGCGGCCGUGGGCAAGUGGAAGAACGCGAUUGAAAUCAUGAAGCAGGGAUUAGGUUUUUUCGAGACGCAGACGGAAGCCGGGGUCGUGGGCAGUGCUGGAGGAGCUGUGGGGAGCAAGGAAGGUAAUAUCAUUGUGAAAAUAACUAAAUAUUUUUCCACCCGCCUUUUACUUUUGCAUACUUGAUUUGGUCCUAGUGUGCUUACAUACAUCUUGAUCUUCAACAUGAAUCGCAACAAAAAUACACUCAGCCCUCCAGCAGCAGCUCGUGAGCAACAAGCCGACCACCACGGAGCAAAUCCUCCUUCUCCACCAGGCCUACACAGUCGAGGAGAGCACGGAGAUCCUCCAGCAAAUCGACGAGACCGUGACGCUAUCAAAUGUAAAAAUGUCUGGGUCUGGAAGAAUGCAACUUGUGAUGCUGCGUCUGCAUUAUCCAAAAAUGUGUAGUGCAUGAACAGCAAAAGAGGUCUGGUUUUGGCCAUGGCGAGAGGGCAUUUCUCAUGCGGUAUAGGCAUCAGAAAGCCCUCGCAAGAUCUGUGAUACUAGGGCAUGCAUCGCAGACAUCAGGAGUCAUGCAAAAUGUGCAUGACAAACCUUGCAUCCUUCCAGACCCAGACAUUUUUGCAUUUGAUAGACGCACAUCCUCGAGCCCGGGUUUGUCCUGGAGCAGUGCAAAUUCUGCGCCCGGAAGUUCCGUUUUGACCGGAUCGCGAAGCACGAGACCCGGUGCCAGGCGGGGAAGCCCAAAGUCACAAAGUUCGACCACGUCGCGCAUUUUUUGCGAGGAACCCCCGCGGAGAACCGCAUCCGCGAGAUCAAAGCGGCAGGGAAGUUGACCAAGCUACCGAAGCUAUCCCGCGUAAUAAACAAGACGUUCUGGUGUAGUGACCCCAACGACGUUGUCUUGCAGAUUUGCAUCCUCGACAGGAAAAUUCGUUGUAAUGCGCAUUCCCCAUGAGAUGCAUCAUUAUUUGCGUUGCACAUUUGCAUUUUCCCUCUCUACGACUCUGUGCUGGGGAAUGUAUUGACCAUGACGUAGUUUUUGCACAGGAUAGAGACUGAUAUCCGUGGAGCAAACCCAGGGGUUGAGUAAGACGAACCAAAACCAGUGCCCGCGGUGUUUAAGGUCUUUCAACUACGACUCCUAUGUCAAGCACGUGAAGAGGUGCAAAGCCACCGGACCCGACGCCGUGUUUCUGCAGAAACGGAGUUCACUGAACGAUUUCAACGGAAAUAGUACCGCCGCGUCGAUGAUGAACAACAGUUUGAUCUGCCCGCCCGCCGGCCCGCCGACGUCUAGAAGUCGGGGAGGAAGCAAUUACGGCACUAAUGCGGCUACGAUCUCGAAGUUCGACAUUCAGUCACAGUUGGUCGUCGUGGAAGACGGGUAUGAGUUGCAAAAAUAACAUCGCGCUCCUAGUAAUUGCACUCAGAAUCAUGCAUAACAAAUGUCCUCCUUGAGCUAAAUCAGCAUUACAAAUUGCAUUCGUGGUAAUUGUAAUUCUGAAAAAAAUUGCUAAUGUAAAUCUACGAAAAAGUGCGAUAGAUACUUUUGCAGUGCAUAACUGCGGAGAGUCAUCGAGUACUGGGGACGUGGAAAUGAGCCACGAUGGGGGAACUAGUACUUCUGCACCGGGAGCAGCGAGGACCACAGGAAGAAGGUCGGCUGAGGGCGACGGUCGACGUGCUGCUGGGGGGCAAGCAAAUAAAACGUCGUCUACUAGUACUGCAAUGCACUCCUCUACGUCUAGUACAACACAAAGACCUGGAUCGGCUUCAAGCUCAUCAGCCGGCCGCCGGCCUUCCACGGCGGGGAGCAGUAGACCUGGCACAAGUUCAAGUACGCGUCAUGGGAACGGCAAGGGCACGAAUCUUGCCGCUUCAUCUGGGGGAGGUAGUGGAGCUACCAUUCCUGCUGCCUCGUCCAAAACACCACGUGGCUCCCGUGGAGGAAGUGGGAGUGGAGCCGGGCCAGAAUCAAGCAUGAGAGGCUCCACCAUGCAGCAGGAGCUCCAAACCCGACCGGAAACGCCGAACCGGAGCAGGAGCAGUUCGAACUUGUACCCGAAUGCAGCAAGAGCCACACAGACGGAGCGACCGAGGUCGAGCCGGUACACUACUGGGAGCGGCGGAGGGGUGAACAAUGCUGCUGGCCGCGGUGUGCCACCUUCCACCCGAGCAGACGGUUGCAGGACCACGGUUUCUUCUAGAGAAUAUUUGUUUUCUACUUCUACCACGCCGAGCAUCGUUGCACUGGAGCUUGCGGAAGAGCAGUCGGUACUGCAAGAUGCGUCCAUGAUAAAGAGCAGCUUUUCGGUCGUGAAGGGCCAGAAACCGCUGACAUCUUCACGACAGGUGAUGGGAAGCGGCAGCGGGUCCUCGGGAUCUACAUCUUCUACUUCACAACAUCAACUGAAUCAACAGAACAAUAAUUUCCAACUGCAGAACAACCGCAUGAACUCCUCCGCGUUACUGGUCGAUUCCCGGCCAGCGGCGGUGGCGCAGCAGCGAGAAGAGUGGGAGCGGGAAGUGCGAAGGCGGGAACAGGAGGCGUUGAGCAAGAAUGGACGAAAUCAUGAGGAGGAAAUGAUGUUAUUCGCGGACGAGUAUGGGAAAAAUUUAAAUUUUGCCGUGCACCAUCAGGAAGUAGCAGAAGAAGUCUUCAUCGACCCGGAUGAGUUAGAACAAGAGCUGGAUUUGGAAGAGUUUUUCAACGCUGAUGAGUUGGAAAUCGAGAUUUCGCCCGAUGCGCUGCUGGCGAUGUCGUAAGUAGAACACCACCACUCAACUCUUCAAGAUUAUUUUUGAUUGAAGAUUUUGAAUUCUACUUUUGACGCAAGAAACAAUUGAAAUUUUGUCCGCUUCGAUUAGCGCAACGCUCUGUUUUAAAGAUGAAGAUGAUGUUGGUGCUGCAACAAGUACGAAGCUAACGAGGACAAUCUGGUCGUCUUGCGCUUUUGGUUUUGAAAAGUUUUCUUGAGGCUUUUUUGUUGAAG